GCGGCCAUGUGCCACACCAUGCAAUAACACGAUCGGGUCAAAGCGUUAUAUGGGACAUAGAUAUGUAUAGCGAAUAUAUGAGGAAACUUCAUGAUUGCCACGGAUACAAAGGUGAUUGAUGUCGCCCAGGAAUACACCUGAUUAAAGGAGCAAUUGUGUCCAAAAGCUUUCAUAUUAUCACAAGAGUCAAUUCGGACUAAAACUUAUAACCAUGGCGACAACCGUGGGAGACUUCAAGAUUGCUGGAGUCGCCGCGGGCUUUACCCUUGGUUAUGGGUUUUUGACAGUUUGGAAAGCCAUCAAGCAGACAUCUGUUAUAAGAGCUCCGCAUCGAAGCACAUACGUCUACCUUAUGUGGGGAGAAAUUGUUGCUAAUCUUGCUAUCGGAAUUAUAGGAUGGCUGUUUCUUGAAGGAGUCAUUCCAUUGGGGGUGCCCGUUCUCUUCUCUCUUUUAUUCUGCUGGGUCUUCGAGAUUCAGCUUCUGAUGCAGAUUAUCAUCAACCGCGUUUUUGUCGUCGCUGAGAACAAACAGACUGUCAUCAGGGUGAAAUGGAUAACGGCAGGAAUCAUCACCGCUAUUAAUAUAGCUGUCUUUUGUAUUUGGAUCCCUGCGCACCUGAACCCACCGGCAAAUGCAGUAUACCCGGUAAUCAACAAGUAUUGGGAUCGAACAUCAAAAGUUCUCAUCUGUAUUGUUGACGCUGCCCUGAACUACUGGUUCCUCCGAAUUGUUCAACGCCGCCUCGUUCGCUAUCAUGGAUUGAAGAAAUAUGCCCCUCUUGUGAACUUCAACGCCUGGCUUAUGGCAUUAUCAGUGGGCAUGGAUGUCAUGUUGAUAGGGCUUAUGUCACUCAGAAACCAGCUUGUGUACAUUCAAUUUCAUCCCGUUACUUACAUGGUCAAGCUCAACAUUGAAAUGACCAUGGCCGCAAUGAUUACCAAGCUCGCUCGAGAAUCUGGAACUGGCGACGCAACGGUCGUUCUGAGUUCGAGCCAGGACCAACACAGGCAUAACUGGAGAGCAGAUCUCCAAAUGAGUGAUAUUGAGCUUAAUCGAUGUGCCUACCAGGAAGAGGCUCGUCAAAAUCAGUCUCACAUACACAGACCAGGGCAUAAACAUAAAGAGUCAGAUGGCCUAGCUGGGAUAAAUAAGGAGACGACCAUUCAUGUUAUGACUCAGCAUGCCUUUCCGAAUAAGGGGUAUCAUAAAUAACAUCAUCCAGUGUAUGUCCUUUAAUACGAAAUACGUUCGGAAGUGAGGGAGGUAAUGUAAUAUCUGAGUGCGAAAGGCCGUAGAGCAAGUCCAGCUACGAACCAAUAUGUUGUGCCUAUAUACAAUUGAUGAUGACAGUUACUGUAAAAAGCCAAUGACAGCUAGCUACUA